UGUGCCUCCGAUGUCUCGCGUUCAUCGUUUUGGGUUGCAGACAGCGCGUCGGGGAGAGAGUCUGUUAAUCUCCCUCCCACCCCCCAAACCACAAUACAAGCAGAGAGCACAAGGCUCGCUUCGCAUUUGCCCUCCUCUUAGUGCAUCACAACACGGAGCUACCGGAUUUGAUUGCCCACACAAUAGAAUGCUAACCAUGGAUGAGCUGAGGGAGAUGGAUUGCAGCGUGUUGAAGAGGUUGCUGAAGAGGGAAGGAAUGCGCAGCAGGACUGGCAGUGCGAGCAAUCACUCGCAGCCCCCAGGCUCCUCUAGUAACAGUAGUAGUAGCAGCAGCACGGGGAAUGUGGGUGUAGGGGGCACUUGCCUGCUCUUAGAUUGCAGACCUUUCUUAGCGCACAGCGCCGGGUUCAUCCAAGGCUCUGUCAACGUGCGCUGUAACACCAUAGUGAGACGUAGGGCCAAGGGCUCGGUCAGCCUGGAGCAGAUCCUACCGGCCGGGAGCAAGGAAGAAGAGGAGGUGCUGACCCGGCUGCGCUCCGGGCUCUACUCGGCCAUUAUAGUGUAUGAUGAGAGGAGCUCCAGAGCAGAGUCCCUGCGGGAAGACAGCACGGUGUCCCUGGUGGUGCAAGCUCUGCGCAAGGACACCGACAGCACUGACAUUUGCUUAUUGAAAGGGGGCUAUGAAAGAUUUCAUUCAGAAUACCCAGAAUUUUGUGCGAAAACCAAAUCUAUAAACAGUAUUUCCUUGCCAGCCAGCUUGGAACGAGCUGAGAUUGGUUGUGGCUCGUGUGCAACACCCCUCCAUGAUCAGGGUGGCCCGGUCGAGAUCCUUCCUUUCUUGUACCUUGGAAGUGCUUAUCAUGCAGCCAGAAAAGAUAUGUUGGAUGCCUUAGGGAUCACCGCCUUACUAAACGUAUCGUCCGAUUGUCCAAACCAUUUUGAAGGACAUUAUCAGUAUAAAUGCAUACCAGUGGAAGAUAACCACAAAGCUGACAUCAGCUCCUGGUUUAUGGAAGCGAUAGAGUACAUCGAUUCGGUUAAGGAUAGUAACGGGCGUGUCCUUGUCCACUGCCAUGCUGGUAUUUCCCGUUCUGCUACCAUCUGCUUGGCCUAUUUGAUGAAAAAGAAGAGAGUCAAGCUGGAGGAAGCUUUUGAGUUUGUGAAGCAACGUAGAAGCGUCAUCUCCCCCAACUUUAGCUUCAUGGGACAACUUCUGCAGUUUGAAUCACAGGUCCUGACCACCACGUGUGCUACAGAAGCUGCUAGUCCAUCUGCUACUUUGCGAGAGCGCAGCAAGGCUUCCUCUUCACCAACAUCUCCUUUUGUGUUCAGUUUUCCUGUUUCUGUAGCAGCCCCCAGCAGCCUUCCUUAUCUCCAUAGUCCUAUCACAACUUCGCCCAGUUGCUAAAGAGAAAAAAAAAUCAGACUUUGGUCCACUGUAUAAGACCUCAAAAGUCUUCAAUAGAGACCUUAACUGCGAACCCUUAAGUAAUUGUAUUAGGGGUGGAAAAAAAAGCAAUAAUUUUUUUGGUUUUGUUUUUUCUUUUGUUUUUAUUCUAUCUCCGAACAUUUGAAAUGUACUUUUCUGCUCCCGCCCCCCCCAUUCCAAAAUCUUUCAUUUUAUAUUGCUGUAUACUUUGACACAAAUUUGUCAAAAUUACCUGGUUAUGAUUUUAUAUGUAAAUAGCCGUGUUUGGCGUCAGGGCUGUUUUUUAUGUUGAAAGCAAAUUACGCUUGGGGAAAUUGACAUUUUCUCAAAGUGCCUCCUGUUUUUUAAUAUUUUUUUUUUUUAUCCUAAACUUUGUUUUCCAGUUUUAAUCUUCAGUUACUUCUGACAUUUUAUCCUUGAACGUUCUGUCCUCCAAAGUAUCAUAAUGCAAUAAGUUGAGUUCUACAACAAUAUUUCUGCAUAAAAAUUAAGAGCACAAAAUGAAAGGGUUAUGUAAGCGUUAAGUACAGUGCUUUUUGGAUUACAUGGAGGGAGCUGGUAUUUGAAGUAUAUAAUAUAAUUUUGCGUAGGUGUAAUAUUCUACGUGGAAAAAAAAUUGCUAAUAUUGUUGAAUUGUAUUUAGAUAACUUGCUAAAGGCAAAUUAUAUCUAUUAUUUACCUAAAUAAUUAUAACACGCUAGUGUUCAAUGUGGGGAAUUUUGCAUUUUUGCUAAUUAUUCUAUUCAUAAGAAAUACUGUUGGUAAAUACUACACUUGUAUUUGGUAUAAUUUCCCUUUAAACAUUGCAGAAAGAUAAAAAGAUAAAAUUGCAGAAAAAGGACUUCAUGUCAUCUCAUGUUCUAGUACUGUACGGGACAUACAAUACACCAUUUUGUUAAUGUUUCUAGUACAAGCAUGAUUAAGUUUAACUGUGAAUUUUCGUAAUGUUACGGAUUAAGGUAAUAUA